UACUAGAUUUACCGCCCGCCGACAUGGGGUUAGGAAUAAAAUGGAGCCCAAUCCCAACUCGAUCUCUAUUUGCACUAAGUAUUGAAAAUUGAAAUAUGUCUUUUGCUCGCAAUGGACUUGCGUUUUUGAAACAGAUGGUGAAAUUCACAACAGAAAUGAAAAGUUUUGAAAAUGUUUUACAAGGCGUUCGAGUUGUGGACGGAGGGGAGGGGCGAUGUCAGUGUGAAAUGACCGUGAAGGAGGAACACCAGAAUGCUGACGGGACACUACAUGGGGGCAUGACCGCCACUCUGGUGGGUGCCGUGUCCGCGUGGGCUUUGAUGACAACAGAGCGACAGGUGCCUGGCGUUAGUGUUGAUCUUAGUGUAUCAUUUAUGAAACCGGUGAAAAUCGGGAACGACAUUGUGAUUGAUGCUGACACACUGAAGAUAGGGAAAACUCUGGCGUUUUGUUCAGUCGACAUUAAAUUGAAAAGCGACGGUUCACUUGUAGCUCAAGGAAAACACACGACAUAUGUCGGAUGAAGUGGUAUUUAGAAUUCCGAAGACAGUCUGUUGGAAUUCCCUUGGGCACGAAUUGUGCUCCUUUGUUAGCUGAUCUGUUUCUAUAUUCAUAUGAAGCAGAAUUUUCAAAAACUUCUAUGCAAGAAGAAAAAAUAUCUUGCUGUGGCCUUCAAUUCGACAUUUAGAUAUAUCUACAACGUUUUGUUUAUUAACAAUAAUAACUUUCAUUCAUAUGUCGAUUCGAUAUAUCCCUGUGAACUCGAAAUAAAAGACACCACAGAGUC